ACAAAUAAAGUUAGGUUAGAUCUAGGUUCGAGAAGUCACAGCAACAUUCUGCCGUUCGUUUGACUUUUCAUCCAUCUGACUUUUGCGGUGUCGGCAAUCUCGUGCCGGUGAUAGUAUUGCAAGAACUUAGUGUAACAGUUAAUUGCUGAAAAAUGUUGAUAAAAGUAAAGACUCUCACAGGAAAAGAGAUCGAGAUAGAUAUAGAACCCACAGAUAAAGUAGAGAGGAUCAAAGAAAGAGUGGAGGAAAAAGAAGGAAUACCACCGCAACAGCAGCGACUAAUAUUCUCUGGCAAACAGAUGAACGAUGAGAAGACUGCACAGGAUUACAAGGUACAAGGCGGUUCAGUGCUGCAUUUGGUACUCGCGCUGAGGGGAGGCUGCGAAUACAACAUUCCUCUUCUGUAAAUGAGUCCACGCUAAGAAAUCGUCCGAUCAACAAGGCGAGAAAAACGCAGAACCAUCACGCGUCGGUAACGGUCAUCAGUAUACUCGUUUGUGCUCGUAAAAAGAACACGAUCUUCGCCAUUCAACGUGAUUACAGCUACACAGCUUUACAUUUACAUCCUAAAUAAAUAUUUAAUAAACUAAUAUAAUGCCGUGAAACAAGA